AUGCAAUUAUUUCUUGAAGUGCUUUUUAUUUUACUAUUAAUAAAUUGUUGUGUCUCAUUUACUCCCAGAGCACGAGACCUUCUGUCUGCCAUUAGGGUCGAUAAUCUAAUUUAUUUUCAAGGUGGUUACAACUAUACUCACCCAAAUAUAACUGCCACUGAUUUUUUUUAUCUCAAUCUCUCCGCUUCAUUUAACAUUAUUGAUAAACAAUCAAUCCCUUGGGUGGACCUUUCUAACAUCUCUGGUUCUCCUGCAAAGCACGGGCAUACAGCUUGCAUAGGAGGUGUCAAUAAAAGCUCUAUUUUCUUUAUUGGUGAUGUACAAAAUGUUCCGCCAUUUGUAGCUCAGUAUGACUUAACUAGACAAAAGUGGAUAACUCCUUCUAUUAGCGGAGAUACUAUUACUUUACAUUUAAAUCAUACGCAAUGUGCCACAUCCGGGGACGGAAUUAUUUACUUUUUGAAUGGCCUAUCUCCAAAUAAUUUAGUUAAACUAAACACUAUUAAUUUUACGUGGACCUUUAUACCCAUUACAGUCGAAAGCAGAAAUAUGUACUAUUGUAGUACAACGAUGAUGCCAGACGGAAUGAUUAUAUUUAUCGGUGGUAGAUAUGCAGAUAAUAACUCUUUUGUAUCUUUAGAAAAGUUUACUACGUAUAAUGUUACUUCUGCUUCAUGGGGUUUUGUUGUUCCAUCUGGAUCUGGGCCUUCUUAUUGUUUUCCUGACGGUUCCGUUCUAACAAAAGAUGGUCAGAUCUUGCUAUUUGGAUGUGGCGAAAAUUUUAACAUUUGGAUUGUAGAUACUUCAAAUAAUUAUACCUGGACAGCGCCUGUUAUUUCAAAUGAUUAUAUACCAAAGAAUUUGGUGGGUUACAGUCUCACUUUAAUUGGAGACUAUGUCCUAAUGGCCUUUGGAUUUAUUUACACAGAUCUAACAUUGGGCACAGGAUCUCAAUCAGAUAGCAUCUAUAUUCUCGACGUAAGUCGAAAAAAUAAUUUUACAUGGGUUACAUCACUUGGCUCAAAUACCACGGCUAUUUUGCCAUCAACCCCGGAUGCGCACGAAAAUAGUGGAAAAACCUUCCCGCUUAUUGUUGGUCUAUCUGUGUGUGGUGGUGUGGUCAUAAUUAUUAUUACCAUUGUAGCAG